GUUAAUGUUUUGUAAUUAGAAAAUGAAUUUAUACUGUACGUUGCUAUACUCGACUUACAUAAUGGAUAAUGUUUUGAAUCAUCAUUAAAUGGAAAAUAUAUAUAUGUGCGCCGCCUUGUCUCACGGAAUGAUUAUUGGCACUUCUGGACGUGUCGAGAAGAAACUAUUGACACCCACUAGGAGUUUCAACCAGAAGCACACUUCUAAAGAGAGACUCCAAAGAUAAGACGAUGAACACUGCUUUUCUAUCCCAUUUAAAAUCUGCUGUGUGAGGAUCGACACGAUAAAAAUAAACAAUCUUUAGUAAGAAUAAUGACGCUGAAUCGCAAAGUGAAUUGAUAACAAAAUGGAUAGUGGAAUAUCGUGUAUAUGUAAAAUAUAUUGAGAUCUAUUAGGUCUAUUUGCAAUAUGAUUAGUGUCCAAUUUCCGGAAAACAACUACACUGCCACCAACUACCUUGAAUAAUACAGAACCAAAUGACAAUAAUAGUGGCAAAAAUGAUGAUUAUAUCAAUACUAAUAGUAUAAUUGAUAAAACUAAUUUGAUUAACUUAAUGAAAAAUACAAUUUGUAUAAACUGUCAUAAGCAAUGGCUUGGAAGCAUUCAAUGUCGUAAACGAGAGAAUCAUUGGAAUUUAUUUGUUCUUAUUAUGAACAUGCAGUUAAAUUACCAACAUCGAAACAACAAACAAUGACGCAAUGUCGUGAAAUCAAUAUUCGUGCUCAAUUGAGUGCUCAUUUAACAGAUAUUGGACGUAGUGGUUUGGAAAAAUUAUGUAUUGCAUUAAAUAUUCGAGCACCGAUUGAUGAAGAUCAUUAUACAGCAACUGAUGCAUAUCUAUUGGAUAUAAUUCAAAUUCAUCAACAAAAUUCAGUGGAUCUUUCAGUCAAAGAAGCUGUACAAGAAGCCAGUAGUAUCAAUUUAAAGGUCAGUGGUGAUGGGUCAUGGAUAACUCGUGGUCAUUCAAGUGCUCAUCGAAAUGCUGAUAUCUGUUCAACAACAAAAAGACCAAAGGUUAUUGGUGUAGAAAGAUCAUCAAAGGAAUGUUCUCAAUGUAUAGCUGCACAAUCAAUUCGAAAAUCAAAUUCAGAAAAAUAUGAAAUCUUCGUGAGAAUUCAUCCAUGUGAAAUUAAUUACGCUGUACCGAAACAUCGUUAUGCUAGUGGUUUAAUGAUUGAUAUAGGUGUUGGUUUGGCGGUUACUCUGUACAAUGAUGGUUAUAAAAAAUUACAUGAUUUAUUUGAACGGCUGUUCAAUUCAUGUGGUUAUUGGACAAACCAUGGUAUUAUUGCCUUAGAUACUUCGAAAGAACACGAUAGACAAAUGUUUUUUAGUUGUAAAAGAACACGAAAAGUCAAUGAACAACAAAGACACAAGAUUGUUCGAAAUAAUGAUGACAACAGCAGCGAUGAUGAACAUGAUGAAAGUGAUGGAUAUUUAUAUAGUAUUAUGUCGAGCGAUGAAGAUGGAUACGAACCAGGUGGUUUAGACUGA